ACCGAACAUCGUGAGCCGGCGUCGAUUGUAAAACAAAUCCGCGAAGCGUUCGCUGAUUGAGCGAUUGAGCCAAUUUAGCGUUAAUUAAGUUCUGUCGGAGAAACAAACGGACUGCUUGCAUUUGCUUGCCUCGAACCGAUUGCCUGCAUUGAAUGGAUGCUAAUUGGCAGAUAGGACGUGAGCAGAUCCGUGCAGAAUCAUCAUCCUUUGAUUUUUCAUGGUGUAAAUUGCGAUAUAGUUUGGGUAAUCGAAUUGUGUGUUAAAAUUAAGAUAUGCUUUUGGGACCAGUGCAACACUACUGAUUCCUAUAAAUUCAGUGAUAAAAUUCUCAAGUAUAAGGCAAUCUAAAUGAGAAAAGUUACGUCUUAGCAAGCUCAGCAGCUGUCCUUGGAUACCCCGAAAUAAUAACCAACCGCAGCAGUUAACUUUGUGUGCACUAGUGUGAGAGAUUUUCCUCGACAGAAAAUGUCAAAUUUCCUGCAGCUUCGACGCCCGACAACCUACAGCAGACUUCAACAGUCGAUCCCGAAACCUCCGCAGGCACUUCCCUCGCACGGUGCGCUUCCACAAUGGGAAAACCUCGGCAUAGACCAGAAAUUGUCCGCAAUGGGUUGUCCUAUUCAUCCGUCCGCCUUCAGCAGGGGUCGUCUGAGUCAGCCCAUUUGGACCAAGCCGCAAGACUAUGGGUUCGAUCUGACCGAUCCGUUAUGCCGCGACGUUUCCUACCGAUAUUUGAUACUGCACGAUAAGAAUUUGGCAGGAUUCUAUAAGGAUAAGCGCGUUAGAACGUUACUGAAAUACCACCGUCUCAUGAAUGAUCGGGGUGAAAUUAUAUGUUCACUCAUGGAGUUCAACAGAUUCAGGGCAUAUCUGUGGAAGUUGCACAAGCAUGAAAUUCGAAAGGAAUUCCAGAAGUUGGAUCGUAUUUGGUGGCAGGAGUACAACAACAAAAAAGCAGCACUACACAUCAAAAAAUACUAUGACUUUGAGAAUAAAAUUCGUCGGAAGCAAUGCAUUGCCAGAGAAUUGAAAGAAGCUAAAAAACGAAAAGCUAUCGAACAAAUUGCGAAAUAUCAUCACAGGUUGCAAAAAUUUUUAGAGUGUCGUGAGAAUAAAAAACAAUCCAAUCUGGUCGACGGCCAUCUCCGGGCAUUGAAGGUCCGCUACAAUCAUGCGUUGAUGAACGCUUCUAAAAAUUCUUAUCGUUUGAGACUGAAGAGGAGACUUCGCGAAAGAGACAACUAUCGUGCCCGUCGUCUGGCCAUCAUCAAGAAAAGGAUUCGUGAGGCUAAAAAAAUUAUGAGCAAGGAACGUCAUAAGAUGCUGUUUAUUGCGGCGCAAGAGACUGAAGCUCAGCGCCAAGAGAUGCUCAAAAACUUCACUGAGCAGACGCACAGAAACAUUAAGGAAAGAACAAUGAAAUACGCCCAGCAACAAGAGCGCUUCGAAAGGCAACUUACCCACAGAAAGGCACAGAAUUUAUCGAACAAAUAUGAGAAACGCUCGAAAUCUGCGCUUAUGAGAGCUAUGCUCAAAACGUGGAACAAUAUUCGCCUUCGACAGCCAGGGAUGGGCGAACAGCAGCUAUCUCUGUUAUCGGUGGAGAAUGCUGUCAACGCCGCGUACAACAUUCAUGCAACCAUCAGCCCCACCAUGAGCAGUACCCAGGUAAUAGACACGGCCCGACAAUUGCUCAACGACAUGGUGCACAUGCCUUCGGAGCAGCUGCCUUUGGACGAGCAGACAGUCAAGUAUACGAGCAAAGCGUUGCUAGAGAUAGUGGAACAGAUCAAGAAAGUUGUGAUCGUUGCAGGAUGCAGCAUGAUCGAACAGGUUGCGGUGAAAAUGCGCAAACAAAUGAAACAGGACGAUAGCCAGCGGCGUCCAUCGUUGUGCGGUCCGUGGACCAGGAGACGUUCCUCGGGGCAAAGUCGCACGGAAAGCGAACGCCACCGGGUAUCGAUCGGAGAUAUUCAAGUCGUUGACGAGAUUCAAACCGACCAAGAGCAUUUCAAGAAAACCCGUAACCGACCGCCAACGCCGGUAACCUCAGUCACGUCUCUUGUUCACCAUCUGGUAGAUUCCGAUGAUGACUCAUCGGAAGUGUUCGAGCAGCUGGAAAUUCCAUCCGCCAUUACGGCUCGUAUCGAGAGACGCGCCACGGAAGAGGAUCAUCCGUUGAUUCAUCUUACCCACAGACAGAGACGCUUCCUGGAAACGAAUUUAAUGAAACUGAAGGCGAUCGUUCAUCAGAAUAUGGAAACACGCACACUGGCGGCAUUUGAUGUGAUGCAGCUGAAGAUAAUCCGUCGUAAGUUACAGCGUCCGAUACAGAAGAAGGAGGAUCUGGCUAUGGAAACGGCGCGGGUUAUCUUAGUGUUUCCCAAGGAAGAUCAAAAAUACGCAAGCCUUUUGCUGGACAUAAUUAAUAUGCUUGCUUGGGAAGCAUGCGAUGAACUAGAAAACAUCAUAAAUAAGCCAUGAAAUUAUUCAAUUAUACGAUUUUUAACUGAGUAAUGUGGGUUUUGGUGAUGUUCCAUGAAAUUUUUAA